AUGUAUGACCUGCUUAAUAGAUUUGUAGAGCGUGUUAGAGAGGCUAAUGUGGUUCAAGUUGUGACAGAUAAUGCUAGCAAUUGUGUGCUUGCAGGGAAGUUGUUAGAAACAAAGUGCCCUCAUUUGUAUUGGACUCCUUGUGCUGCUCAUUGCCUAGAUUUGAUGCUAGAAGAUAUUGGAAAAAUUCUCAAAAUUCAUAACACAAUUAAAAGGGCAGUGACAUUGAAUGGAUAUAUUUACAUUCGUUCGAGUGUGGUGAACAUGUUGCAGCAUUUUACUGGUGAAAGAGAGCUAAUUAGGCCAGCUGUCAUAAGAUUUGCAACUGCUUUUCUCACCCUUCAACGUAUACAUAAGCACAAGGCGAAUUUGAGAAAGAUGUUUACCUUAGAGGAAUGGACCAAAAGUAAGUGGGCAAAAAAACUGUCUGGUAAAAAAGUAUACAGUAUUGUCAUGAUGCCUACUUUUUGGGCUAAUAUUGUUUAUAUCUUAAAGAUAUUUGGUCCAUUAGUUCGUGUGCUUAGAUUAGUUGAUGGUGAGAAAAUGCCUGCAAUGGGAUAUAUAUAUGAGGCGAUGAAUAGGGCUAAAGAAGCAAUUGCAAAGUCAUUUGAUGAAAAUGAAGAAAAAUACAGGACAAUUUUUGAGAUUAUUGAUAAACGAUGGGAAAGCCAACUCCAUCGACCUUUGCACGCGGUUGGAUAUUAUUUGAAUCCUGAAUUUUUUUAUUCAAAUGAGAAAAUUAAUGAAGAUGUUGAUGUUGUUACCGGUUUAUACCAAGUUGUAGCAAGGUUGAUUCCAAGCAAAGAAGAGCAAGACAAAAUAAUGGCACAAUUGCCUUUUUAUCAAAAUGCGGAAGGUAUCUCUGGGAUGGAUAUGGCAAUUAGGAAUCGAAAGAAGUGGCUAACUUAUGGAGCAACAACUCCAAAUUUGAGAAAUUUUGCUGUUAAAGUGCUUAGCCUCACUUGUAGUGCAUCUGGUUGUGAGCGUAAUUGGAGCAUUUUUGAGCAUAUUCACAGUCCCCCCAUCUCAUUGAAAGACAUUGAUGAUAGUAAUGAAUGGUUGAUGGGUCAAAUGGAGAAAGAGAUAGAUAGAGAUGAACUUAUUUUUGAAGAUGAUGAUUUGACAUGGAAUGUGGUUGCUGCAGCUACUGGAGCUGAAGAGAAUGCCUACAACACUAGAUUAAGCAAAGGGAAAAAUGUUGCAUCUACAUCACAGCAAAAAAGAAAAGCAUCAUCCACUCGUACUUCUUCACUUCUUGAAGACGAGGAAGAAAAUGAUGAUGAUGAAGAUGUUGAUUUGGAAGAUGAGUAUGAGGAGGAUAAUGAAGAUGAUGAAGAAGAUGAUGAGGAUUUUGAUAUUUCUGUUGAUGUGGAUUGA